CUUACUUAUUUACCGCUUUGCCCCUCCUCCACGAAUCCAAAUCGAUCCCCUUCCUUUCCUUUCCAUCCAAAUCGCCAAAUCGACUCGCCGCCUCCGUAAAACCCCGCCGCCGCCGCCGGAGAGUGAUGGUGCUGUGGGAGCUGACGGCGAUCACGGCCUACUUCCUCGGCCUCAGGCGGACCUACCGCCUCGCGCUCCGCGGCCAGCGCCGCCUCAUCGGCCCCAACCAUCCCAGGGUACGGGACUUCGUAUACAGGCGAACACGUAGUAUUUUCGACGUUGCAGUCUCAGUGCACAAGAAAAUUCAGGAGAGGGACUUGGAAGUUGGUCGGAAUGUCGGGAACGCGAUCCUUCGCUGGCUCGACCGCAUGAAGCCGUCGGCGCAGAUUCGCCCCCAUCCUCCAGGCCUGCCGAGCGGCAGCUCAGAGCAGUACAGGCAUCUCUCGACCAUGAAUAAGGCUGCGGGAGCCCAGAAGCCUGCAUCCAAGACUUCGACGCAUGAUUCCAGCGGGAAGAUGCUGUUCUCUCCCCUGAACAUCCGACCCAAGUCCUUCCCUAUCCUCCCCACGAUGAUGCAGUCCACCAGAAUCAGUGCGAGCAGCCAGUGCAGGCGCAUCUCCUCCUCGCCAUUCCCGUCCGUCACUGCCAGAAGGAAGGACAUGAUGGAGGGCGUUUUCAGGAAGGACAUUGCGCAGAUGAUGUUGUAAGGAGGUUUCUAUAGCUAGCUGUUCUGUUUUUUUUUUUUUUUUUUGUAAUCUGAACAUUGUUACUACUUGACUGGAACUUGGCCGAGAACAAAUCUCUCACUAAAAGUCUUGUAAUAAUGGUGGAGUGCUGAACAUAAUAUUUGUUGCUCUACCAGCUUCGGCCAAUGCUGUAUUUUCUGGCCAAUCAUCAGACUGUAGUAGUAUAUUCGA